UCCAAAAUCUCCAGACGAAGUUAAGUGGAUGGCAUCAUUUACGAUGCCGCUGUUAUCGGUUUCCUGUGUUGUUCUCUUCGCCACACUUGUCUCCCAAACAUCGGCAUUCAUCAUCGACAGUUACUCGUGCCCCGCCUCACUGCCAUGUCGCUGCCCAAAUCUCCUGACAAUCUACUGCAAUUAUGGCCAACUAACAGAUAUCCCCGACUUCAAUGAGACAGAUCGAGAUUACCACCACAUGGAAGUUUAUAUAAGCCACAAUCCGGACUUAACAAAGAUAGAUGCUAACGCAUUCACUCCAUUAGGACAUAUACGACAACACGAAAUAGCUUUAACGCUUGUAAACAAUAGUUUGGCAGACAUCGAAAGUAACGCAUUCGCUGGAAUAAGUGACCGAAUUUAUUACAUAAAUUUGGAGUACAAUAACUUCACACACUUGCCAGCGGGACUGGGCGAUCAUCAGGGUCUUGUUUAUCUUAAGACGUUAUUACUCAGUUAUAACCCUCUAAAAACGCUAGACGGUCAUAUCAUGCACAGCCUGGGAAGGACUCUUCAAGAAUUCUCGUUUGGAAUUGUCGGAGAGAAUUGGCCAACGUCAAUACAAGAACUACGACAUGUGACAACAUUGCAAGUAGGUCCAUUGUCACUGUCCACUUUGCCGGACCAUGCAUUUAUACACAUGCCGCUAGUAAAACUGACCUUCGCCGAAACAAAUCUUGAAGCCAUUCCGCACGUCAUUUGCAGAAUCAAUCAACUCCGCUCUCUGGAAUUCAACACAACCAACGUUGUCGACUUUGCCACGAUGGUUCCCCAUUGCGCAACAGGUGGUCAUCAUUAUGAAGGUCUUCACUCACUGACGUUAGCUGGCACUGACCUGUACGAACUACCAAUGAACAUCUUCUCAUCUUUUCCGCACCUGACCUCGCUGCGAAUCUACGACCUGAAAGACGCAUCCUCGAGCAAUAUUAACAACAUUCAAUUUCCAUCGAAUAACAAGAUUCGGCACCUCGGACUUGAUUCGAAUAAUCUUGUCUCGAUUCCUCGCAGCAUAACAACACUGCCGCAUCUUCAGUCUCUUGACUUGGCGAGAAAUCAGAUUCAGUGCGGGUGCUUGAUGUCGUGGAUGCUACAGUGGGAGGGUCGACAGAACGUCAACAUCACCGGGGAAUGUGAAAACUACAAUAUGAGCAUCGCCGACUUUAUUGACACAAAACUGAAGAUAUUUUGUCAUUAGACAGUCUAUUGUUCACUCUUGGCCGGUAUUGUGAAAAUGUUCCAAUACGAGAAAAAAACUGUCCUUUAUCUAAGUUAAAUUUGAAGAGAUCAAUAUUUUUAAAAAUGAAAAUACAAAACGGUCCAAAUAAUAAAUGCAAAUGAAUAAAAAUGAU